AUGCUGAUCAUCUUAACUGAAACACAAAAGGCUGUUCUUGAGAAGUUCAGUAGUGAAAAACUAUGUAUAGACUCUACUCAUAGCACAAACCAAUAUAGUUUUAACUUAACUACUAUUAUUGUGAUUGACGAAUUCGGUGAAGGAUAUCCUGCUGCUUUUUGUAUUAGUUCAAAGAUUGAUGAAGUGCACAUGACUGUUUUUUUUUCAAAAAUCAAAGAAGCUACUGGUUCUCUUACUCCUAACGUAUUUAUGAGUGAUGAUGCUCCUGCAUUCUGGAAUGCAUGGAUAAAAAUUAUGUCCCCUAUUCCUAAAUUCCAUCUUUUAUGUAAAUGGCACAUUGACAACAAUUGGCGUAAAAAUUUAAAAAAAAUUGAUGGAUCACUGACUACUAAAGCGUACGUUUAUAAAACCCUCCGUGUCUUAUUAGACGAAUCUAAUAUAACAGAGUUCGAAAAUUUAUUAAGUUCUUUUCUAUGCAAAUUAGAAGAAGAGCUUGUAAUGCACAACUUCAGGGCAUACUUUAUAAGUACUUAUGUUCCACGGAAAAAGUUGUGGGCUGCAUGUUACCGAUGUCAGGCUAUGCUCAAUACGAAUAUGGUUUUAGAAGCUUUUCAUAAGACUUUAAAGCAUCUUUAUUUAAAAGGAAAAAAAAUCAACGGCUUGAUGCUCUAUUGUGGCAUUUACUCAAGUCGACAUCGAUCUGCUCUACAAACUAAUUACAAAGUUACUAAAAUAUCAGAUAAUACUUGGUCAGUUGCAUCUAAUUCAUUAGAAUUAGAUUAUUUAAUUAAACAAAAUGAACCAUGCUCAUGCAAGCAUAUACAUGCCGUUAGAAUAAAUUCAAUGGAAUAUAAUGAAAAUGAAAGGAUAGAUGUAAUAUGCAAUCCCAUAGAAAACGAUGAAGUGUGUAUGAAAAUGCCUACUGCACAACAGCUCACUUUAACAUCCACUGAGUCCAUUGCUAAUAAAAUUCAGCAAUUAUAUAGUAUGUUUGUGUCACAAGCUGAUGUACCGAAUCGAGAACCAUCUAACAAAAAUGUAGACAAACAGCUAAGGUUUUAUUCUACAAAAAAACCAAAGACAAAAGCACCAGAGGAACAAAGACUAAAUAAGCCAACAAUCCAAGUAAUAAACCAAAUAAAAAAUGAUCUUAAAGGCAACGAUACCCCAUACAUUAAUAUUGACCCACAUUUUGAGCAUUCAUAUGGACAGUUAGAUCAGAAGAAGAAAUGA